CUACGUUAAUAAAACUCUCUUUUUAUGCUUACAACACAAAAACACGCACCCCCACACUCUGUUUCCGUUUGGCGCCGCCGAGCUUCUUCUCUGCUCUCUUCUCACAUUUUUUCGUUCUGCAGCUCAUUCGUUCACCCUGCCAUUCCAAAAUUACAGGUUGCUGGGAUCAUUUUACUUUGUGGAUGGGUGUGGGAAAUAAGAUAAAGUUGAUGAAAGGAUGGGAUCAUGACUCCUGCUCAACUGCCGCUGGAGUUUGAUUCAUAUUGCAUUGGAAAUCGCCUCACAGAUAAAACAUCUGUUGGGAAGGUUGGUAAGAACUGUAGAAGUCCAGAUACAAAAGGCCUAAAGUGCACUAGCAAUUUAAAGGCUUGCACCUUUCCAGUUAAAGAUAUGUUGAAUCAACAAAGUAAAUUCCUGAAGGGAACUGACGAAGGUGCAGUUGACGUAAUCGAUUCCAAAAGGAAUCUUGAAAACAGAGUUUCUGCAAAAGAUGAUCCUGAUGCUACUGAAUGCUCAAGCUCAUUUGGCAACAGUACCUCUGGGGAUGAGAACUCUUCUGGACUAAGUGAUGCUGAAGUUGAGUCACAACUAUAUGACAAUGGUGGUUUAGGAUCUUCAUACGAUGAUGGCCUGAGCAGCUUCUUUCCAGUAAGGUGAGGUCUUGUUUCUGAGUGAUAUAUUUGGAUUUCCAUUUUUAUCCAUGCAGAUAUGCUUCCUGAUAUAAGUUUCAUGCAUUUUCUUAUGCAUCAUUUCAGUAACAUGUAAGUCAUAAGUAAGAAGAUUCUAUGUUGUAGUCAGCUAUCCUACCAUGUUCCUGUUAGAAUAUCACUUAUACUUUGAGCAGCAUAAAUCUCAGUUGGCUAGUUAAAAUGCAAUAAAGUCCUUGAAAGCGCCUCAAGUGUACUUUCAAGCUUUAACAAAAACUUCAAGCAUACUUUGAGGCAAGUUAUAUAGUUGUAAAGAUACACUUUCGUAGGCCCUUGGGGAGUACACUUGAACAGGGAACUAAAGGUUGGCCUUAAAAAAAAAAUGCAUAUUGUGUAAUUUGUUUGUUUGAGAUUAUAUUAUUUGUGCAUUGUUUCUGUUCUUGUCAUUUCAGAUAUUUCUUUUCUAAAUAUACUGCUACCUGUGCCAUGUGCAGCAUAUGAUUAUCUUUAUGUCAUUUUUCAUUUGUUAUUUGAAUGAUCCUUCAUAAUGCAUAAAGAAUGAGGAGUUCAAAUUUGACUGCGGUAUUAUUUAAUUGGUAUGAAGUCUAAUGUUGUUACCAGAUGUAGUUGUUUACAAUGACAUCAACUGUAACUUUACAUUCUGUUAGUGAUGAGUCAAAAGUUGUCGGAAGCAACAUAACUACAUAGAGAAGGGGUUUUAGACUUUUGAUGGAGAACCUAAUUUAUGCUUUUUGAACAAGUGAUUUCUGUUUAUUUAAGAACUGCGAGGUUUGCAAAAAAUUUUGUGAAAUACUUGUGCAAGGAAAAAUUCUCAAUUCCAUGAAUUAAGUACCAUUGCAGCUAUAUAUCAUACAAUGCCCAUACGAUAUAUCUACUUUGCUAUCAAGAAUCCUAGAGUUGACAAUGUUGAUUUGUGGUUCUUGUCACAGUUGCCAUGUUAAAGUAUUCUCGAUGCACGGUCAUAUCUGUGCUUAGUUCUGAGGUGGUGUGUGUCUUGUUGGUGUAUGAUCCCAGUGCCUGAUUGGUUUGAUUACAACUUUUAAAUAUUAGACAUACCGCUCUUAUAUCUCAGUAAUUGAACCAUAGAAAAUUGUAUUAAGAUUUACUAAAGGGAUUUUUAAAUCCUCCAUUGCAACCUGUAUCUUCUGCUUUCUGUUUCCUUCAAGGUACUGAUUUGGUAUAAUGCUGCACAGUCUUAUUUGUAUAUACUGUGUCAGCAAAUAUAUUUCACAAAGUUUUUUGAGGUGUUACAGCAUGUGAAACAGUUAAUUUUAAUAAAAGCCAAACCUUUUUAGGAAGAAAAAGUUGACCAGUCACUGGAGAACCUUUAUACACCCUCUAAUGUGGAGGUGCAAAUGGGCAGAACUGAAAAUAAAGGAGUUUGAGUCUAUGGCUUCGGAAUACAGUAGACGGAUUCGUGCAUGUGACCUUAAGAAGCGAUUGGCCUAUGAACAAUUGAGAGUGGAAGAAUUUGGCUCGAAAUCAUUACCAUAUACGCCACGAAGGCACCGGAAAAAGCCCUUAAAGAGGAGGAAAAGAAAGAAGGUUGAAUGUAUAACGAAUACGACAGAAUAUAUGUCUCGUCAUAAUCUUUUCUCCUAUCAAGAAAGCAAGAGGAAUGAUCAGGAUGGGAGUUCAGCUGGUGAUGAUUUUGGGAACCCUGUCUUUCCUGGCCAGGAUCUUACUGGCAAUGAUGAGUUUGCAUACACUAAUGAUUGGUUAACUCAAGAAGAAAAUAGUGAUUUCAAUGAAGAGAUCUUUCGUAAGAUUGAUUUGGUACAUACUCGAGUUCAGAAAAUGAAAUCCCAACUCGACCUGAUAAUGACGAAAUAUGGGGCUAAGUUUUCUUCAUCUGAGAGUUUGAGCCACCUUGUGCCGGGUGAUCUGCCAAGUAGCUCUGUUCGUAGUCCUACUUUCUCUGCUUGCAAUGGAGACACAAUGUCAGCCGGUGGCUUAUUUUCAUCCAUGCAGCAGAUGUCAGAGUAUGAUUUAGGAGACUUUGUCAUGCCUGACACAACAGUUUCUAGUUAUGGAGAGGCUGUCCUCAUUCCUGAUAUUAUUGAGAGUACCGUAGGACUUCUAUCCUCGGUUGAUGUGACCCAGCAUCAGGCACACAUUACUGAUUCAUGCGAAAAAAUCGUGGACAAUAUCUUUAUCCAUAAUGAAGCAGCUGAAAUGGAGUUGAGAACAUUCAAACAGCCUCACAUUGAGUCCAUGGAGAAUCAUCAAGAUGCUGAUGGUAGUGGCGAUGAAGAAAGUACUAACCCAGUGCUUCCGGUGAAAGAAGAAGUAGACAAAGAUGUAACACAUGACAUUCAUAAGGAGGAUUUAACUCUUAAAUCAGGCUUAGUUUCAGAGAUUCAAGUUCCGAAGAAUAAAAGAAAGCGGGGAGAGCGCAAAGGCGGUUCAGGUGGAUGGAGUCGCCAACUUCCUGGAGAACCUGAUGGCCAGACUUAGUCUCCAAGCAUCACCUACAAAUGCAAUCCCUGUUUGUUUCCUUUAGCCGUGGAAUUUGAAAAGAUUCUCCUCUGCAUUUGUUCGGACAACAAUGUUCCCGUUACCCCCAUGCUUCCCGGAAGAAGUAACUCAAUGACAGAUUUAGGGUAGUUUUUUGUAGCUCAAGUUCUCUUCUGUUUGUAGCCAUGAUCUAAUCCCAUUUUCUUGAAGAUGUAAAUUAGCUAGACUAUAGCCUUUUGACUGCCAGCAAAAUUUAGUUAGACCAGUUUCUUUUUUUCAUGUACUUUUCAAAGAGCCGUUGCAUGGGUUCUGAUUGUUACCACUGUUUCAUUAAGCUCAAUUUUGAAAUAGUGUUCCCUCCUCCUUUAAGAAGUGUGGAAUCACUAUUGAGAUUUUUUAUUUUAUACUUUCACAUUUCACUUUUGAAUAACUACUUAAAAC